AUGUCUGCUAACCAUGCCCCCCAACUUUCCCAGCUCGUAUGCAUGGCAACACCCAACCUGAUCAAGGCAGAGAAGGUCACACUUAGGGCAAGGUUUGUGACUGCCUCCAUGGCUCUGGUUGCAGAGGCCAAAUGUCUUCCCAACAACAGGGAGGAGCUGUGGGAGGAGAAGGUGAUGUGGAUUCACCAAUGGGAGGAGAGAACAGUUGAAGUGUACUCCAUCAUUGAGUGUGGGCAAGAGCUGGACAUUGAUGUCAAGAUAGAUGCAGCAGAUGGGCCCACUAUUGCAGAGGCUGAUGAGGCUGAUCAGAGGUGGUCUGCAGAGGAGGUUGCAGCAGCAGUGCAUGGGGGCAGUGAUGAGGACAUGUGA